UCGCCCCUCCCCACCCCCAGCCAAAGCGAUAGGAGACGCAACGAGCGUCUACCGGUUUCGGCAGAGAGAGAGGAGCGAUUUGAAUUCCCAGUCUGAACGCGCCCGAUGGUGACCCGGCAAAGACGUCUCGUGAGGACGAGAGGCGCCCAAGUUCCCCGCGCCAGCGGCUGCACUGCGGUGUUGCUGGCAAUUCUCCCAAGUGUUCCCCAGCCCUACGCCAACACCAUUUCACCGGUCAACGCUUCAUUUUUGUUAAGCGUCCGAAUAAGUUAACCUUGCUGUUUAGCUUUAAAAACCAAAUCAUGCUUGCACACCACUGUCAAACGCAAUUCCUUUACCUUGUUGUGAUUUGGCUGCGUCGGAAUCGACACGCGCAUUAGAUUGUCUCUGAUUCUUUUGCAGGGCCUUUCAUUUGACCUUGCAGCAAUGGACAGCUGCUGUUUGGUUCUGUGGCCGUGAGCUUGAAUUGCACAGCGCAGCAACUUUUAAUCAUAGCGUGGGCGAGCACCCACUGAGCAUGCGCCGAACACAUGUUUAUGGUUCUUGGGGUUCGGCAGGAAUGCCUGGGGCCACAUCUGAGCCAAAUUGAGCCACCAGGUCACAAGGUUAAACAACAAUCAUUCAACCUGUUAAAUACUGUGUCAAAAUCAAACACCUUUCUGAGUACCGUUAUGCAUUGUAUUUCUCUAAUGAGUAAAAGCGGUAUUUGUACCUUUAAAGUUAGUUUUUAGAAUGUUGUGAAUAGGAAUCAAUGUUUCCCCCAAUUGUAUCCCGAUUAUAGCAUUGGUGGUCAUGCCAUGCGACGGUGUACCCGUUCGGAUCUCUCGCUGAGUGGGGCAACCCUUUUGUGGUGGCGAACAGCCCACGGAAGUUGAUAUCACAGAGCUACCUCCGAGGUCCAACAGCCAUUCUCACGGACGUAAGAACGCCGAGUUGUGCAGAGUUGAGACGCCGGGGGAAACGGACCGCGCUUGCGAUCGCGAUGUCGGCGAUUCUCACCUCAACUUCUCAGCGCUGUCUUGGCUCUUUCUCCCGCCUCGUGAACAAUCCCGCAGCGUGCAAGCGUCUGAGGCCAGGGCCGAGCCGACCCUUGACAAGCGCCGUCUCUGCCGACCACCACCACCACCACGAGCGCCGCCCCGGUGUGGGCGUGAUGGUCGUGGUGCAUAGCCCCCUGCGCCCCGGCUGCGUACUGCUGGGACGCCGCAAGACCGGCCUUGGCGCCGGCCUCUACCAGCUGCCUGGCGGAUACCUGGAGUUUGGCGAGGAGUGGGAGGAGUGCGCGAGGCGGGAGGCGCUGGAGGAGACGGGACUGCGCGUCUGCGACGUGCGCUUCUCCACCGUCGUCAACUCCGUGCGCCGCGACGAGGGCAGCCACUUCGUCACCAUCUUCAUGCGGGCCGCCGUGGACCUCGCGUUCCGGGCGGAGCCACAGAACGUCGAGCCACACAAGAAUGAGGCUUGGGUGUGGACGCCCUGGGAGGAGCUGCCUCCGCCAAGUCAACUUUUCUGGGCCCUGGCCGUUGCCAAGCGGCAGGGGUACCACCCGUUUCGGCACGCAGAGGCAACGGCUGGAACGUGACCGCGAGCCUGGGCCACGCUGCGAAUGGCGUUGGUUAAGAGUGGGGCCGCAUGCAUUCCAGUCCGGUAAGAAGAAAACAGACUUCCCACCAAGCUGAGGCCGAAAUGCCAGGAUACCGGCGAGAUGAGCACCACCCAUAUAAUAUAACCGUUAAAUGCACUGCGAUAACGGCACGCAGCAUGCAAUGUAUUUUAAAUGCACUAGGAAUGCAUUUGCGAAGCGCACGUGUGUUAAAUACACUCCCGAGUAUGUUACGCGAUAUAUGUAUAUUGAAAUCAUGAGAAUACAAUAUAGAGUGCGCACGUGUAUGUUAAGUGUAAUCGAAUAGCAUGUAUAAUUUUAUUUGGUGGGGGAAGGGGGGGGCUAAUUAUCUCUUGUAGAUAUUCUGCAUUCUCAUUCACGUAGAGCCGUUCAUGACAACCCAAUGCUGAAUCAGGGCCUCGCCACACCCAUGCGGGUUAUUUGACCAUACUUCACCAUGCCGAUCAGUACGGAAGCUGUGAAGGUAAACAGCAUAGACCUGGGCGUAUAGGGUAUCGGACGAUCAAUAGAUUUUUCUGCACUGCUAUUUUCUGACCACCAUGGAUGGAGUGCCACGGCCUUUGGCAAUGGUUCUUAACCUGUACUGCAGCCUUGCACCUCUUUGAUUCUCAAUCGUGCAAAAAAAUUGCAUGUUAAUUAGUACAUAAGUUUGAUGAGACAAAGUAGUAAUACUAACGUGCCCGUGCUUAAUUUGUAUCACGAUUAUUUACCUUCCAAAAAAGUCUGGCCAUGUCUCGCACCCCCAGAAAGGGCAUCUCGCACCACCAGGGGGUUGCGUGCAUCCCAGGUUAAGAACCACUGGCCUAUAGCAACAUGCUACAACCCAAAAAACCUGUAUUAUGGAUGCUGUGCUUGGUAGUCACCCAUCCAGGCACUGGUCUAGCCUUAUACCUGCUUAGCUUCUAAUAUUUGAUGGGAUCAGGUGCACUAUAGGUAAUUUGGUCAAAGGCCAUAUAUACGUUCUAUACAAUAAAAAUAUAUAUGUAAAAACACCAGUUUAUAAAUAUAUGAAAUGUCAAAACAAAUUACACAACUUCUGAGUGGGGUGGUUUGCCCUAUGAACUGGCUUCCACCAUAGGAAUGUGGCAUUUUCAUCACUUUUCAAAGCCACCUCUGCAGGUGAGCAUUCCCCAUUAAACAGAGGCAGCGGCUUGAGUGGCGGAUGGCAUUGUUUAUAGUCGAUAAUAAUUUCUAAAACUUACCUAAUGAAUUUUUAGGAGUAUAUGUGCCACGGCUUAUUCAGGGCUUGUUCAAAUGAGAA